AGUAUUGUUUAAAGGUAAUAUAGCGGAAUAUAUGGAACGGUGGGCACUCGAUGGAUUAGCCGCAAGUGUUAGGUUGGAAGAUAUGGUAGCCGGGCGGUUUCGGACGUCUAUUACUUAAUUUUCUAACAUACGAGGGGACUUGUGUAAAACUAUCAAAUAAAAAUGGCUUUGGAAACGGAUAUUAAACCGAUCGAGCGUUUCGAAAUAACACCGGAAACGCUCGAGUUCACCACCGGCGCGGACACGAGAAACAUUGGCAUUAAACACUUCCUGUGUUUAAGACGGACCCUGCCAAAGACACGGCUUUCCCAGGCAAUACUGUACGAAAAUGUAAGCUACAGGCGCCAGCUGGACAUGAAAAUGACCUCCAUGCGACAAGACCGGCUCCGAAACGCGCAGGUGCUCGACUCCAACAUGCGUGCCUUCCGACAGGCACAGAAACGGAAGCAGCAGAAGUGGAAACGCCUCGAUGAGGUCAGACUGUCGAACAUGAAUUUUCCGUGUGUACAUAUGAGUAAUGAGAGCGAACGGCCAAAGAGUUGUAAAAUCAUGUACCGGAUGUCUGAGUUCAAACCGGAAGGAGAAAAAGCCGAAACGCCUUCUCCGAUUUUGCCAAAAAUGAACCUAACCGUAUUAAGAGAGCAGACAGAAAUAAUUACUCAUAGAGAAAAAACCUUCAUGACUAAGUUUCCAGAAAUUAUUGAAUACGACCAAAAACUGAUUGACCGAUACAAUAACUAUUGUGGGAAAAAGUUUCUGGAGGACGGUGGGUCCGGACGGGACGCCAGAUUCCACAGGUUUAUAAAGAGCCUCUCUCCCGCGGUUGUCUCCCUUGACGACUAUCCGCACGAAAAUGUUAAAUCACUCAGCCGCCUGUUUAAGUAUGCCACCAAGGACGACAGGGACAGACAGACGCCGCGUUCCGCCCGUCUGGUGCCGAAAUCCCACCAGCAGAACAUGAAACACGACGUCGCCCGAAGGUUCGAUGCCAUCAAAUCCCGCGAGAGCACUUUCUACUCCGACGAUUCAGAUCCCGUCACCGAACGUUUGAUGAAAACGGAAGCUGCAAUUAAGCAUGCGGAACGCUUCCAGCGCACAGGUGAAUACCUAUUGGAAACAUACAGAAGCGAUGACGUCAUUCAACUGAGCAAACACAGACGUCAGGACCACGACGACAUUCCGGAAGAAGAAAAUAACGGCGUGCCAAGUGCUCCUCCGGCUGUAGAAACAGACGACGGUGAUACUAGCACAUAGGACGACAUAACUGUACUGACAGGAUGGUGCUAAAGGGUCGAAAAUGCAAGACUAUAUUGUAUGAUACUAUUAUAUUCUGUACAUUUAUUUGUAAUUCAAGUCUUUAUUCUGCUGUUGGUUUUCUGCAUAUGUGUUUUAGCGUUGUUUGCUUUUGAGUUUAUCAUUGCGGUCGCCAUCCCAGGUGUCCAUCAUAAUUAAUUUAAUUUAAUUAUAUUUUAUUGCAUGAGAACACAUUUGACAAUGAGAAUAUCAAUGCAAAUUUUAACACAAUAUUUAAACCAACAUCAUUAAAUCAAGCAUGAAAAGGGAUUGGUCCAUCAUAUUUUGGAGCUAUCUUUUGGUAAAUAGCGUGUCCAUUGAGUUACUUAAUUCAACAUGUUUUUCAUUGAUUUGCUUGACUGUUGUUAACUAUCAUAACGAUUGUGUAGGGACAGAAAAAAACCUUAUAGUUUCUAUAAUUACAUGUACCGCUUGAAAAAGAAACUCACGGAAAUUAAUCCGUCGAAAAUAAAUCUUUUUACAAUCGGAAAGAAUGUGUUAGUAGUAAUUUUAUGUCAUCGUUGAUUUGCGGUAACUGAAUAAAAAUAUACGUGCGUA